AUGCUCAGAUACGAGGAAUUCCAUUUUAAUCAAGUUUCAAUCGUCAUGAACCCUUCCGAAGUAUCAAAUACUGAUGUUCUCUUCUCUGCAAUUCCCUGUCACUUUCCUUCCCAUUCUAUGUUCUCCAAAAUUGAUAUGCCAGUGAUACUAACCUUCUUUAUUCAUUAUAGCAUAGAGAAAAAGAAGAAAAACAACAAAAGAUUUUUUCUCAAAGGCCUUUUUAACCAUGUCAAAGAAAAAUUUGAAAAAAUUUUUUCACGAGUUGACGGUCACCUUUUCCAUCCCCGCAUUAGACAGCGAGUGUACAGUUGUUCCAACACCAAAGGGCGGUUGGCAGUCAGGCGUUAUACACUACCCAGCCAAUCUUAUCUGGAAUGUGUAGAUAUUUUGAGUUUCACGAUAGCACUUACUCUUAAGGCUUUAUCUUUGCUUUCCUACAAGAUUCUAUGAAGGGGAGUCAAACAUUAGAGUAGUAAGCUGUAAAUCCUAUGAGUUGAAACAGUAGGAUCUUUCAGUUUUUCCACUCUUCAAGCAAUCCGAGUUAAGCGUUACGAAUGAACUCAAUAUAAAUGUAGAGGUCUGAAAAAUGAUACUGGGAUAAAUUAAAGUUGCUCAUAAGCGCCAGGCAUCGAUCCACCCCUUAUCGUUGUAAGCAACCUUCUGUCUGUUCGGAAUACUACUGUGGGUAAGGGUUCCAGACAGGUUCUGAAAUACUCAAAGAAGAAGUAACUGCACGUCUUAUAGAAGACUAUGCUAAAGUUUAGAAAGGCAGACAUGAUGUUCAAGAUUUGCAAUGUCUCUCGAACAUGCUUUGUAUCGACACUGAAAAGUUAUUUUAGUUUCUUUCUGAAAAUCGGUAGCUUUUCGCCAUCAAGCAACAAGUUGCAUCCUUACAAAGUAUAUUAUUUCAGGC